AUGAGGCUGUUGGUGUGUCUCCUGCUGGUCUCGCUGGCCCUUUGCUGCUACCAGGCCAAUGCUCUUGUCUGCCCAGCUCUUGCUUCUGAGAUCACAGGCUUCCUCUUCUUCAGUGACAAUCUGUUAAAGUUACAAGUUGCCAAAUUUAAUCCACCUCCGGAAGCUCUUGCAGCCAAGUUGCAAGUGAAGCACUGCACGGAUCAGAUACCUUUGAGUGAUCGACUUCUCAUUGAAAAAGCCUUGAUUUCCCAUCCUGCGUUCGUGAAUGAAAACCACGGCAAUAGAAAAACAGGAAUUACAACCGUCCUGCUGGUCUUGGACUGA